AUGACGGAACAGAAGAUGAACUGGCCUUUGUUCCUGACGGGAGCAUUCGCCUCUGCUUUUGUCGGUAGUUAGUUUUUUUUGUAAAAAGCAUGAUAUUUUCCUUCGCACCCCUACCAUCUCCUGUUGAUAAAAUUCAAAUUGAAUCUUGAAGUUACCACAAGAUGUAGGUGCUGCUGCGUUCCGUAGCAGCUAUCCACACUCAUGACUCACAUCAUGAUUUACUAUCAACACUCACCCAAAUUAUAGCUACGUGUUUGACCUGGUGCGGAUAGAUUGAGAAUACUCAAAAACAACGACAUCUACAAUUCAGGUACUUUGUACGGUUAUUCCUACUUGAAGGGUGGGAUUGCACAUUGGUGGACGGACUAUGCGAACACCUCAAGUACCGAUCAAGACGUUAUCGCUGCUGACGUAUCGAAAUACAAUGGCUACAUCCAAUCCGCCUAUUACCUUGGUUUCUUCGGUCAGUACCUGGCGAUCAUUCCAGGUGCGAUAAUUUUAUGGAUAGAUUUUCAUGUUCUACUUUUGACUUCGUAAUAGUAGUAUCUUCAUACUAGUAAUAUCUUCAUGCUAGUAGUUUUUUCGUACUAGUAGUAUCUUCCAUUUUUCAUUUCGAUCUUCAGAUGAGUAAUAUCGUCAUUUCGGUUUCGGGCACUUGAAUGCGCUUGGCUGCUUGAAUUGGUACAUUGUCGUACUACUCGUUCUCCUGCAAUCAAAAAUUUCAAAUUUACUCAAAAGGUCUGGUCUUCGAUGCCUUCGGCGCAACGGUUACGUGCAUCUAUGGUGGUGCUCUCUGCAUGAUUGGAUUUAUCCUUGUCGGUCUGGGAGUCAAGAACGUUGCAGGAUGGAUGGUCUGCCUGGGUCUCUGCUUCGCCGGCCAGGGUUCCAAGGGACUUGGUAUGUUGUCUUCAAUCGGAUUUUUGGAUACUUUCAGUUUCGGGGUGGUCAAGGACUUCGCUGGAGAACUUCUUCUAGAUUUACAUACUUUUGAUUUCUACUUCUGUUGAGGUUGAGCAGACUGAGUUACUCUUCGUUGCUCUAUCCACAGGACCCAGCAUUUCGAUUAUUUGCUGAUCAAGUUAUACUUACACACGAAACUCAUACGCAAGGUCAUACUCAUGGUGUAGGACGGUAGUUCGCCUCUCUUUGUUAGAACUGCAUGUUGAUCUUCGUUUCCAACGUGAUGUAGUGAUAUUAUUCGUGUUCCAGCACCAUUUCAUCAAGAAUUACCACAUGAUCACUACUUGAUACCAGGUUUCGGUACCUUGCUUGGUACAAUCCGCAACAGUCCGGAGCACUUGAGUUCGAUGAUCUCUGGUGUCUAUUUGAUGUUCGACGCUUGCUCUGCGUUGUUUUGUAUCUUCAUCUUCGAUGGGAUCCAGGCCGCUACGGACUACAAAAACUUGGACCCGGAAGAGCAGGCGCCCAUCAUGCAAAGCUUCUUUAUUGGUCUCGGUUGCGCCGUCGGUACCGUCGGUGUCUUCUCGGGUGUCAUGUACUACCUCUUCUCGCCUUCCAACAAGAACGCGGAACUGUCUGCUGAAGAGGAGGACAUCGAGGUGGCCCGUCUCUCCACCGCCAGCUACCGGGACAUGCGCCGACGAUCCAGUAUCCGCGAUGAAGCCAUCGUGACCACCGGUAAGAGUUUAGCCGAAGACAACCAGGAGGAGGACCAACAGCAAGCCGAAGAACGCCAGCAGCUGCUGGAGGAGGUGUCGGAGGAAAAGAGACAUCCUCCGACUUUCUGGAAGGGAGUCAUCUGCUGCUACAUCGUCAUGCUGCUUGCCGAGGCCCAGGGAUUGGCCUUCAACAACGCAAUUGGUGAUGCCUUUAUGGCUUCCCGCAAGGCCAAGGUUGGUAUGGUCUCGUUCAAGCAACUCGCUAACACCGCCAGCGAUCGCCACCGCUUCAAGUCACCUCUGGAUCAGCUGCUAGAAGCAGACAAGUUCAACCCACUACCGAAGGCGCAGCCCGGAACGGAGGAGGAAAAGUACAACAAUUUUUCUGUUGACGCCUGCUCCAUUGUUAUCUCUCGCUCUCCACACCGAAAGCAUAUAUAAAUCAUUUUUUCAGCCCUCGUUACGUAUUCUCUGAGACUGCAAUUUUACUUCUUCAAGAUGAUUGUCUACUAAAAUUGAAAUUCCUAGUGGUCCCACACAACUCCAAAAUGUAGACCAACCACAUCAUCUAAAAUUUCACAGGGUGAACGCGGCGCGCGAUGAUGCCAAAGCAGUUCGUAAGCUAUUCGUGGAUUCUUUUGCCGAAAUUCCGCGUAUGAUGAAGCCAUCCGUCGGUCAGGGUGCCGAUCUCGGAAAAUUCGAGUUCUUUAGCGGUGCUGCUAACACGAAGGCUCAAACUAUUCAGGUGCAAUAUCUGAAACUGGCAGAUAACCAUCCACUGAAGGCUGGCGGACUCAAGGCAGACACCAUCCUCUAUAAGAUUCCUGCUGCGGGUAAUUAUAUUCGAAAUCUACUUGUUCAUGUUCUCGUUGAAAUCUACUUUCACUUACGAAUACACUUGUUAUAGUUUGAUGUUAACACUAACACUUCUUAUAGUUUGAUGUUUACUCUUGUUAUAGUUUGAAAUUUCCACUACUUGUUACAGCUUGGUGUGCUGGUAAACUGAGUUGGUACUUAUUUCUGGGAAAACAUAUUCUACAGAUUGCGAUCUUCGGUAUUCUCUUACCCCAAGCCCCCAUUAAAGUAAUGCUCCAAUCAACAACACCAGGACAAUCUGCUGCCAGAGAUGUGAAGGCAUCUGACUGCGUCCAGAACGGGUGUGAUGUUUUCGCGGAUUUUUUCCAGAAUAGGGCUGUCAUGGAGGAUGGAUUUCAGGCAGUGUUGGACAAGUUGACUCCGGUGUCUGGCUGGCAGCUGGUCGCUGAGCGUCCGGCUGAUGCGAAGGCGGCCGCUCGGCAAACUCUGCAUCUUAUUGCGAUGCCGGAAAAGGAUUCCUUCGACCAGAGCUCGGGUGAGGUGAAACCGGCUUUCUACUCCUUGAGAAGUCAUGGCCACAAUGCGCUCAGCGUAGUGGACAAGCAGGUACUUACGAUAAUUUUUGAGCAGAUCCAGAUGAACUAUGUAGUUCUUGGACGAUGUUGAUUUACGAAGUAGUACGUAGUUGAUACGUACUAGUAGUGCUUGACUAUGUAGUUUUCUGGUUCAAAAUCCAUUACGAUCAUACUCACAAGAAUUCUCAUGAUGCAACCCAAUUUGAUUCUCCUCACUUCGUCUUCCACACAGAAAUCGAUGGGAAUGAUCUUCGAUGCUCAUAGCCCGAACGGAAUCAAGAUGGGAAAGUUGCAGCAUAAGAUGGAGAUCGGCACCCAGAAGGACCCAGCAACCGGCAAGGACUCCGCUGCCAUGGCUAUGCCAGGGCGCAAGCUCAUGAAAGCCGACGAGAAGGUCAAGUACAACAAGGUCCACUAUCCGGUUUUCGCCAACAAGAUCCAGGCACAGGUCGAAAAGAUCCCCUUCUUCCGGUGGAUCACGUCGUUGACCGCAGUGACUCUUGCGGAUGGCACGAGACUGGUUCGCCCCGACUUCUUCCAGGCAGCCACUGACGAGAGAGCUGUGCCGUACUCCAAGGCGCACGCCAAUCUCCGCCAGCUCCUUGAGAAGGCCCCUUUGGAUGUAGUUGCCAACGCAAAGCAGGCGGCUAUUCCCGGUGACAUGACCGUCGAAAGCGAGACUGAAUUGAUCUACUACGAUCCCGCUGUGGCUCACGAGAAGCACGCAGUGAGCGGAGAGGGCAUGGACAGCGCCAUCCAGGGUGCUAAGAAGCUCCUCACCAUGCUCUUCACCCUCGGAAACGCCUUUGGGCGAUUGGGUCUCGGUUUGCUCAUGGAGUUCUUGCAGAAGCGCGUUAUGUGGAUGCCGUGCGCCGUGUGGUUUCCCUUGGGCUGCAUCGCCUACGGUAUCUUGUUCCUGGUCUUCACGAUUGGAGGUGUGCCCUGCACGAUCUUCAACAACGCGGAUGAGCGCCAGGCAGAGCACGCGCCACCAGCGACUCUCUACAUCCUCACCUUCCUCAUAGCCGUGGUCUACGGUGGUCUAUUCACGGUACUGAUUUUCUUAUCGAGUGUCAUCUUGUUCCUCUUCACUGGAUCAACAUACGGGAACAAAAUAUAGUCUUCUAUUACCAACUAUUUCAUUCACAUCUUCUUCUAUUUCAUGCCAUUCUAGUAUUUCUACAAGAAUACAACUCCAACUGUUCUUUCAUUCUAUUCCUACAACUACAGAAGUUUUACCUCUGUUACGUAAAUGUAUAUCCCUUCCAACAUUCUAUUUCUACAAGUACACAACUACAGAUCAACACCGCGUACAUGAAAGCCGUUGCCAACCCUUCGCAAUUGGGUUUGGUGUUGGGUGGAAGUCUGGUCGUUUUGUCAAUCGGAAGCUUCGUUUUUGGAUUUAUCGUCCAUUCCUUUGGAGAGCGUCACGACAUCGCCAAGGCAGCGGAAGAGGUCGGCACCGACGUGCGUCACAUCUUUUUCCUCACUGCAUGCAUCGUGCAGGUUCUGGCGUUGUUCCCAGCACUCUUCUGCUGGUUUGCGCAAGUCCAACAGAAGAGAGCCGCUGCAGCGAAGGAAGCAGCAGAGGAAUCCGAAGAAAGCGACUACUAAAGAACCCGUUUUUUUUUGAUCUUGGGACGAAAGUACUAAACAAGAUGCACUAAGUAGUUUUAUAGGCGUUCUUCUUUCAUCAAGGAACAACUACUCCUAGUACUAAAUAUAGAGAAGAACUACAACACGAAGAAGAACAAGAAGAUGAAAAAGGACUGCUGCACAAGAAAGGACGAGUUGUAGUUGUACGACCAGGAGAAAGAAGAACACGGUGGUACUACACACCUACAGCUUGCCUUUCUUCUAGAAGAUGAAUGAGGAGAAGACGAGGAGAAGAGAGGAGCAGCUCGCAGAGUUGUCUUUUGAACAUUCACAGACUAGAGAAGAUAAAGGAGAAGAUAAUAAAGGUAGAACAAGGUGGCAAUGAGUCGUGCCAAGUGGCUCUGCUCUUCCGUCCGAGAACCUCUUUUUAGUGUUUCAUCGGACCUACCACACUAGUUGGUCUUGGUGGUCCUUCGGAUCACCUUGAAGUCGAUGAUUUGCAAUGUACAAGACAAAGAACAACUGUAAUGAAAAUGUAUGUAUUGCGAUUGCAACAUGACGUUUUGAAGAUGUCUAUACCUUCCUAGAUCAUAAACAUAAUGCCUACUAUAACGGUAAUCCACUUAGUACUCUGACACCUAUAGAAGAACUCAACAGUGCUUGGAACCGUUGCCGUUCAUGCAUAAGAACAAGAAUCGUUCAACUUUUUAGAUCAAUGUCAUAACCAUCGUUCGAGAAUAUAAUGAGUUCUUUUUCGUGCCCACCAAGCAUAUAACCAUGCUCAUGCAGCCGCUUGUCUCUCUUGAAUACUAGACUAAUACCACUGGAUAGCACUAAGACAAUUUAUGAUUUUUACUUGCAACCGAAGCCAUAGUCUACUACGCUCACCUCAAUGUUAUCUGGUGACCAUUUUCGGGAUCAAUUGGGGUGUAAGCUAGCAUGGUAGAGAAUUGAUUCUAAGUCUAUCCCCUGCAACUGAAUAGUGAGGAUAAGGGCGAACAACCCAAGUAACAGGACUAAUUCUCGUAUCCUUCUGGCUAACCUCUAUCUUGAAAUUGGUCAACUUUAGGUGUGUCUGUGUGGGAUAUGAACCACAUCAAGACAUACUUGAAAAAAGAUAGCGAGAUUGUUUUCGCUCCUUUGUGCGUCCUCGUACUAAACCUAAAGAUGUAAUAAACCUAAAGAAGAUGUACUAUUUUCCUUGAGUAGUUGCUUGUAUUUCGAUCCUUGAAAUACUCAAGGAAAUUCGAGAUUGUGAACAGCAUAUGCGGGGGAACUAUUUGAGACGCCAUGAAAAAGAUCAUGCACGAAAAACGAUGAAGCUAGUACGCAUGUCAAAGACUUGUCACGACUUAUGUUGUUUGCUCUCUUUUAAGAGCUGUGGCCAAUAAAAUGAUGUCGAAGCGCCUGAGCCUUCUUCACGCACUUUUUUUCGUCCGUUCGUCGGAACAUCUGCCUGUUCUGUUUG